ACCAAAGCCGGCAUUUGUUUGCCGAUUCGGAUACUAAAAUGAACUUCACAUUCCCUCUUCCAACUAGAUUUCGAAUAAGGAAAAAAGCGAUCCCCUCGCUCGAAUUCGAAACGCCAUGUUUAUUCUCAAGACAUGGAGAUCGGUUGCAUUCGGGAUAUAUGGCUUCAAAAAUUUCACCAAGUCUGGUUUUCUGGAGCAUUCAAAAAAUUUCAAGGCAGAAGAUAUGCAGGCGCAGAUUGAAGGGAAGAAUUGCAUUGUCACUGGGGCAAACUCCGGCAUAGGUUUUGCGACAGCCGAGGGACUUGCAUCCCGUGGCGCUACGGUAUUUAUGGUGUGUCGGAAUAAGGAGAAGGGCGAAACAGCCCUUUCGCAGAUUCGGGCAGCUACAGGAAACGAAAAUGUUCACUUAGAGAUAUGCGAUAUCUCUUUGACAAGUGAUGUCAAGUCUUUUGCUUCUCGAUUUUCUUCGAAGGGUUUGCCUGUUCACAUCCUUGUAAACAAUGCUGGUUUACUCGAAAACGAUCGACAGACUACCUCGGAAGGAUAUGAGAUGAAUUUUGCUGUAAAUGUGCUGGGAACGUACGCCAUGACAGAGCUCAUGUUGCCAUUGCUGGAGAAGGCAGCGCCCGAUGCUCGUGUCAUUACAGUUUCAUCCGGUGGAAUGUAUACAGCUCCUUUGACGGAAGAUCUUGAGUUCAGUGGCAACAAAUUCAAUGGAGUAGAGCAGUACGCCAGGAACAAAAGGGUACAGGUGGCGUUGACGGAAAAAUGGGCGGAGAUGUACAAGGAUAAAGGCGUCGGGUUCUACUCAAUGCACCCUGGCUGGGCGGAGACGCCGGGAGUGGCCAAGAGUUUGCCCGGUUUUUCAAAAUCGUUGGAAGGAAAGCUCCGGUCGAAGGAGGAAGGAGCCGAUACAGUGAUAUGGCUGGCUUUGCAGCCGAAGGAGAAGCUCAUCUCCGGCGGGUUUUAUUUUGAUCGAGCGGAGGCGCCUAAGCAUUUGGCGUUGGCAGGUACGAAUGGAUCUCAUGCAUCGUAUAUCCAUUCCAUUGCAGCCAACCUUCGUGCUUUAUUAUCCCGACUUUAGCAAUUCAUCUCCCCGUCGUGUGUAUACAUAUAUAUAUAUAUAUACACAGAUAUAAUGGGUGCGUUCCUCGACUAUAUUUUUAGAUAUUUCCCAAUUAAUAUUACAAAAGAUAUACUUCCUUU